AUUUCAGCUCAAACUUUUCAGCUGGUUUUUCACUUAUUUUUCUCUAGAUCUGAAGGUCCAAAUGUUUGCAGAUAAAAUCACUGAGCUGCGGUCUUUCAUAAUAGGCCAAACUGCACAGAGAUGUGUGCCACAUUGGAACUGGUUGUGUGUCAAACUUUUAUCCCUUUUGUCCAAAUAUCCUUCUGGAAUCACAAAAACUAUCAUCCUUGCUGAAGUACAAAACUCUUGGGCCAAUGUAAACCAGCUACAAGGCAACAACGAGGGAUUCAAGAAGAGAAAGAUUAGUUUAGAUUCUGUGAUUGAGAUGAGACAUAUUGGACAUGACUCGAUUGUUGAAGUCAGAGUAGAAGCCAUCAAGAAUGUCCCAGGAACGCAUACGAAGCUUGCUGUUUUGAAAAAUGCUGGAUCUAAUCACUCCAAAAAACAAGGAAGGAAUUCUAUUGAGAUGUAUUUGCACCAAAAACUAUAUGAUAUUGAGAAUGUGAUAUUAGAGGAUGGCUUACAUUUGAGGUUUACAGGAUGUCGUCUUUGGAAAGGUGGGAAUGUUCAGUCCCCUCGUCUUCUUCCCUCAGAAAAUGUCGUGAUCUUACUUCAAGGUAAUGAAGAUGAGUCUUUUAAAAAGGACUUCACGUCUUUGAAGGAUAUACUCCACGAAGGAAUGCAACCUCAUUAUGGAAAGAAUGUAAGAGUGGAAGUAACUGAUAUAAGUGAAGAAGAGGUUGUGCAUCUGCAGAAUGGAGAGACCAGUGUCAAAAGAACAGUUUAUGUAGUUGACUGUGAUGAAAUACAUGCCAAAUUCUGCCUAUGGGAUGAACAACUGCCUCUGGCAAACCUCUUUAAAGAGGGAGAUAGUUUAGCUAUAUGGCAGCCAUUUGUUGUUCCAGAGCAGAGCGAGGGCUAUACUCUUGAGUAUGGACCAGCUACUUUAGUAUAUUGCCUCCUGCAAGACACUGUACAUGAGUUUGUACUGAGUCAAGUUUCAAAUAGUGCCCCUGUCUCGGUUGCAAAAGACAGCCAUGGUAUGCUAGAUUAUUCAAGCUACCCAGAGAGAAUCUACAUAACAGACUUCAGAUCAGACAUGACCAACGUUACAAUUUUAGCCCAAAUUGUUAAAGUGGGACGUAAGGAGAAUUUUGAAGAUGAUCAACAUUGUGGUCAUCAUUUUUGUGUGGAAGUAAAUGACAAAACUGGAUCAUAUGACAUCUACAUCUAUGAUGAUACUCAGUCCCAUCAUGAUACGCUAUACCCAGGGCAGUGUGUAGCAUUCGAGCGACUUUGCUUUGCAGGAGGACCAGCAAUUAAUGCGAAGCUUACCCUUAAAACAUGGUCUGGUGGCAAAAUCUAUAAUGCAAGUUGUUUGUCUGGAUGGCUAGCAACAAAAUAUCUUGCUACUACCCUUGUCAGUCUGGAGAGUGUUACUUUAGCUGACGAAGAUCAUAACUGUAUCUGUAAAGCUGUCAUUACUAAAGUACUUGGUGAUGGAGAUGACAGUACAAAGUACACUAAGAGGGUUCACUGUUCCUGCUUGGAAGAACUUGAAAACUGUGCUGGACAGUUCCUGCAUUGCAAGACUUGUGAUGUGUCUCACUUGAAUGAGUUUACAGUCAACAAUAACAAGGCUAAGAUAUCUCUCAGCUGCUACUGGCAGUGGCGAUAUAGUCUGUUACUAGAUCUUCAUGACUCCAACACAUGUAUCAGAGUAAGACUAACAGAACAGACAGCACAACAGCUCUUCCAAGUACCAGCCAACCAAUUUGCUUCAAAGUCUUUGGUCCAGAGAGACAAAAUCCUGGAAUCUGUCCUAGCACAGGACUACUACUUUGGAUUAUCAUGCUUUGAAGAUCAGAUACAAGUGGACUCAAUUUCACCAUCUAAUUAAAGUUUAUGAUUACAAAAAAAAACUAC